CAGGCAGAGACCUCAUCAUUCGUACACAGCACUCCCAAUUAUCCCUUCCUAACAGAGAUCGCCUGAGGGAUGCAGCCUAAUACAUACUACAGUGGGGGUCCCCCUUCCUAUGAAUGUCAGGAUCAAGGUCCACUAGGGGACGAGAGCAAGAGGAUUCAGAACGUGAUCAGUCCACCACUACAGUCCACUGUGGUGACUGUAACACACAAUAUUUCUCCUGUACAAGAUCAUGUGGUGUGGUCCACCUUUAAUAUGGCGUAUAUGAAUUUUUGCUGUCUGGGAUUGAUAGCCCUUGUGUUUUCUGUCAAGUCAAGGGAUCGGAAGAUGGUGGGCGACAUGAAUGGCGCCGUAUCGUAUGGUGGCACAGCGCGUUCUCUCAACAUCGCUGCGACCGUGCUCAGCAUUCUACUGAUCUUUAUCGCAAUCAUUCUGGUUGUAACCGGGGUGAUAAGGAGUAGCUAUGGGGUACAUUGAAUGAGAUCCCUGUGAAUGAAUGUGACCCUCUAUGUGCAGCCCGUUACCCAUAAUAUGAUACUGUAUUAUUUAUAUGUAUUGAGAUAACUAUCCAAUUUGUUCGAAUGGAUAGAGACACAUACUUUGCCUCCAGUUAUGCCAAUAUAUUUCCUUAUUAUGUUCUUGCAAUAUUAAAGUAUUAAAACAUCUCA